AUGGAUGUAUGGCUGGGGCAAAACUUUGAAAAAGGAGGAGUGGAUUUGGACGUGGAUUUAAAAGCAAUACGAAAUAUCGGUAUUAUUGCGCACAUUGAUGCCGGUAAAACAACAGUCACCGAGCGGCUACUGUACCUUGCUGGUGCAACAAAGUUCAUGGGCGAUGUUGAUUCCGGGACAACGGUAACAGAUUUUAUGGAAUUGGAACGUGAACGAGGGAUCACAAUACAAUCCGCAGCGAUCACACUGCUUUGGAGGAAGCACAGGAUCAAUUUGAUUGAUACACCUGGACAUGUCGACUUCACUUUAGAGGUAGAAAGGUGCUUACGAGUGCUGGAUGGAGCGGUCACUGUUCUGGAUGCAUCAGCAGGUGUGCAGGCACAAACAGUGACUGUAUGGCGUCAGGCCAUGAAAUAUCAAGUACCAUCAGUAUUUUUCGUCAAUAAAAUGGACAAGCCAUCGGCGAAUUUCAACAGAUCUGUUGAUUCUAUUGCCGAAAAAUUGGGUCUGAGAAAUCCCAUAGCUAUCUGUUUACCGAUCUGCACUAAAGGUGGAGGUUUUAUUGGAGUCUUGGACACGCUUAACAAACGUUAUUUGAACUUGAUGGAGCUGGAUGAAUUGAAUGAAUUCUUCGUUUCUUUCAGAUACGGACAAAUGAUGGACGGACGAGAAGAGAUGCUGUCAAAGUUGGCGGAUGUCGAUGAUCACUUUGCCGAAGUACUUUUGCAGUGUGACGGAAGUAGUAGCGCAUUGAAUGCAGAGGCAUUAAAUGCUCUACGCCGACUCACUUUAUCUCGUCAGGCAGUUCCGGUUGCUUGUGGUUCAGCCCUGAGAUGUGCGCAAAGUGUAAGUCCAAUUCUUGACUUGGUGGCCAGCUGUCUUCCUCAUCCAGCGGAAAGGCAUGAACUUAUCAGGAGAGUCUUUGAAAACAGUUUAAGCGCCUUGGUAUUUAAGAUUGGCCAUGACAAGCGGCGUGGCCAGUUGACGUAUGCACGCGUAUACACCGGUGAAAUGAAAAAUAUGAGUUCAAUAUACAAUGCAAGCAAGAAUGUAACGGAAAGUAAAUUCAGCGUCUAUAUUCCUCACAGCGACGAACUCCAGCCCACUGGGGCAGUAAAGUUGAGGACUUUUACGUUUGUUUGUUCGUAG